ACAUGCUGAGCGGAGUGUGCGGCCGGCUCGCCUCAGCGCUGUGGGGGACACGUACACAGCCGUCCGCGGUCGCCCAGAGGUAUCUGCACAUGUUGUCCACAGACAAGAGCGAGAGGACAAGGAAACCUCCCCGCGCCUUCGACCCAGCGCUGCUGGAGUUCCUGGUGUGCCCGCUCUCCAAGAAGCUGCUCAGAUAUGAAGCAUCGACAAAUGAAUUGAUUAACGAAGAGUUAGGAAUAGCCUAUCCAAUUAUUGAUGGGAUUCCUAAUAUGAUACCACAGGCAGCCAGGAUGACACAUCAAAAUAAGAAGCAAGAAGAAAUGGAGCAGCAUUAGAUCAUACUUAAAAAUAACAACACACACAACUAAAUUUUCUAAAUACCAUCCACCUUUUAAAAAGUCAGAGUGACGGGUAAUAAGUGGAGGAAAAGAAUGUUUCUGUCUCUUCCUACGUUGACUGUCCUUAUUCCAUUGGUCUCUUUAGCAGGACUGUUAUACUCGUCCUCUGUGGAAGAAAACUUCCCACAGGGCUGCACUAGCACAACCAGCCUGUGCUUUUACAGUCUGCUCUUGCCGAUUACCAUACCCGUUUAUGUGUUCUUCCACCUUUGGACUUGGAUGGGUAUUAAACUCUUCAGGCAUAAUUAAUACAACCAGAGCCAAGAUGGUAUAGCCUAAUGAUAUGCUGAGUGUCUGUCUCUGAAAGCUCAACUACAUGGAAAUACUGGAAACCCACGUAAUUUGCAAGAAAGAUGCUUUGCCUCGCUUCUGUCAGAGGUUUAGGACUAUAGGAGGCUUAAGCUGCAGAGGCUUCUUUAUUGUACUUUGGUCUUCCCUUGUUUUUUGAAGGUUCUCAUUUAUACCUGGGGUAUCAGAAGAAACAUUUCAACAAAGUGUCUUGUUGGAAGUUAAUAGCCCCAGACAUCAUCUGAUGGCUUUAUUUCUUAUCCCAUUCAUAAUUAAAAGUUACUAAUUUGAAAUUUUAUAUGUUUAUUUUACAUUCAAAGUCUGGUAAAGUCACAUGUUAAGGAUGACUGAAGUAAUUCUAGAGGAGCUCUGUUGGAGUAGUUGUAGAGAAAUGCAUUUGAACUAAUGUGGUAUAAAACUGUAAUAAAAUGGAAAUUUCAUGUAUUUGCCAAAAAAAAAAGAUUUGUUUUUAAUUCUCGUAGAGAGUUUGAAUCCCAUAGUACUCUGUUCAUAGAUCUGUCUUAGAACUUAUCAAAUUAUAUGAUGCUGAUCCAUUUAUACAUGUCUCCAUGUUUAAAUGACUGUAACCUGCUCAGAAUGGGUCUUUCUCUCUCUAAAUUAUGUCUCCUCAACAGCUACUGUACUGCUUAGCAUAGAGUAGGCUCUCAGCAAAUACUUGUGAAUGCUUGACUGACUACAUGAGUGGUUGCCUGAAAGAGCUCUGCUGUGCUCUUGCCUUGAAGGGGGAUACUACUGCUACUAGUCAUGGAAGGUUGCCAGAGAGGAAACAAGUCUCUGCACUAAAACAAUGUCUGCUUGAAUAGUCCCUCUUUCUUCUUCCCUUCCCCCAAGAUGCGUGUGUGUGUGUGUGUGAGGGGGGGUGUGUGGUUGUGGGGACAUAAACUUAGAAAAGUAUAUAUCUAUUAGUAUUUUUCUGUUGACUUUAACUUUUAAAUUAUUAUUUUUUAAAAUUUAUUUAUUUAUUUAUUUUUGGCUGUGUUGGGUCUUCGUUGCUGCGCGCGGGCUUUCUGUAGUUGCGGCAAGCGGGGGCUACUCUUCAUUGCGAUGCGUGGGCUUCUCAUUGCAGUGGCUUCUCUUGUUGCGGAGCACGGGCUCUAGGCGCACAGGCUUCAGUAGUUGUGGCUCGUGGGCUCUAGAGCGCAGGCUCAGUAGUUGUGGCGCGUUGGCUUAGUUGCUCUGCGGCAUGUGGGAUCUUCCCAGACCAGGGCUCGAACCUGUGUUCCCUGCACUGGCAGGCGGAUUCUUAACCACUGCGCCACCAGGGAAGUCCACUUUUAAAUGAUUAAAACAUGAAAACAGCUGUAGGGUGAUGGGAUUUUUGGUUGACCUUUUCCUUUUUUUUUUUAAUUAAACAAACAUUUUUAAAUAUAGUAAUAAGUCAAUAAGGGAACUGAACCAGAUUCAGGAUUGAAAUAAUGCAGUCUUUUUUAAAAAAACAUUUAUUUAUUUAUUUGGCUGCGUCGGGUCUUAGUUGCAGCAUGUGGGAUCUUCAUUGCAGCAUGCAGGAUGUUUCGUUGUGACACAUGGGCUUCUCUCUAGUUGUGGCGUGUGGGCUCAGUACUUGCAGUGCAUGGGCUUAGUUGCCCCAAGGCAUGUGGGAUCUUAGUUCCCCGACCAGAGAUCGAACCCACAUCCCCUGCAUGGGAAGGCGGAUUCUUAAUCACUGGACCACCAGGGAAGUCCUGAAAUAAUGCAGUCUUCCAUGAAGAUAUCAAAGCCAUAUUUUUCACCACAACCUCCAACAUUUCACGUAGGUUAAGGAUGUCCCUCAAGCAUCUCUAAGCCCUCCGUCCCCCAGCUUCUAACUCAUGGCGUUCUGCAUGGUGACCUGUGCAGGACCACCAAUGUUUAUACACAGUGGACCACCUUAGACUCUCAGGAGGCCUGGCCCAGCCUGCAGAGACUGACGGCAGCCCACCCUCAGCCGUUCAGUCCUAGAGGCACCCGCUGGCUGACCGCUUCCUUUUUUUUUUUUUUUUUUUUU